GUUCUGUUUCCUUGUUUUCCGCCCGGACGUUUUUUUUAGUGACGGACCGAGCAUCACUUGAAGCGCUCAUCAUUUACGCCUGCUGCAGCCAAAAUGCCCAAGAAGAAGACCGGUGCCAGAAAAAAGGCGGAAAGUCGAAAGGAGCGAGAGAAACAGAGCCGAGCCAACCGGGAUCAGGUGGAUUUGGCGAAACACCCGUGCAACUUUAACAUGGAUUGUGAUAAAUGUCAGAGAAAGCAGAAAAACAGAGCUUUCUGCUACUUCUGCAACUCUGUGCAGAAACUUCCAACGUGUGCACAGUGUGGGAAAACCAAGUGCAUGAAGACUUCGGACUGUGUCGUCAAGCACCCCGGGAUCCACAGCACUGGAAUGGGCAUGGUGGGGGCGGUGUGUGACUUCUGUGAAGCCUGGGUGUGCCACAGCAGGAAAUGUUUGAGCACUCACGCCUGUGUGUGUCCCCUGUCGGAGGCUGACUGCAUCGAGUGUGAACGCGGAGUGUGGGACCACGGCGGGCGUAUUUUCCGGUGUUCCUUCUGUCAAAACUUCUUGUGCGAGGAUGAUCAGUUCGAGCACCAGGCAAGCUGCCAAAUCCUUCAGGCAGAAACCUACAAAUGUGUUUCCUGCAACAGACUGGGCCAACAUUCGUGCCUGCGUUGUAAGGCCUGUUACUGCGAGGACCACGCCAAGAGUAAGGUCUUCAAACAGGAGAAGGGCAAGGCGCCGCCGUGUCCAAAGUGUGGCCACGAGACACAAGAGACCAAAGACCUCAGCAUGUCCACUCGCACGUUGAAAUUCGGACGCCAGGGUGGCGCUGACGAGGAUGACGAUGACGACGGCGCAUCAGGCUACGACGCAUACUGGAAGAAUCUGGCGUCAGGAGGCGGAGCACGCCAAGCUGACGACUAUGACGACGACGACGACUAUGAGGAAGAUGAUGAUGAGGAUGAGGAGGAGGAGGAGGAAGACGACGACGAAGAAGAGGAUGAGGCCAAAGAAGGAAUUGCUUCUCUUAAAUUAGAGGGAAAUGUUGCCUGAUGUGACAGGUGGCAUUUUUCUUUAUUGACUUCACUAUCAAAUGUCACGUGUGAAACUGUUACCAAGCACGGCAACAACUGAAUAAAAAGAUUUAGCCAAACAUCG